CGUAGUUGAAGUCAGAACGCUAAUCUCUUUCCGUAGUUGAAGUCAGAACGCUAAUCUCUUUCCGUAGUUGAAGUCAACUAUUUGAUAACAUUUGUUGACCAUCUAGCUUCUGUCAAUGCCUCUUCUAUCUUCUCGAUUGUAAUACGGGGAAAUCUUCAACUAUCUCUACUUGCAAUUAAGACCUCUUUAGUUAACAUGAACUGUAUGGUGUGAAAUGAUUAAGGCUUGCAAGAAGUUAAUAACAAAAGACAACAACUAAACUAAACAUGAAACUACGUGUGAGGAUAAACAAGCAGACCAGCCGGGUGAAGCUGGAGGGAGAGGAGCCCACUCUGACAGAGCUCAACGUUCAAAUCAGAGAGAUCCUUCUGCCUUCACAUGGCCUCAGCCCAGACACAGAGUUCACCUUGUCCCUGAACGGCUCAGAUCUUCUAUCUGACUCUGGUCAGACUUUGUCCUCCUGUGGCAUCGUUACUGGGGACCUGGUCUGUGUCAUCUUGCCUCCAUCUGUGGCUGUGCCCUCUGCCCCCUCCGCUGCCCCUGCUCCCUCAGGCUUCCCUGCCCCCUCCGCUGCCCCUGCUCCCUCAGCCCGCCAGUCACCCAGCAACAACACCAGCAGCAGCAGUAGUAAAACUGGGCUGUACCAAGCUGUACACCCACCAGCCCAACGCUCCAGUGAGGCCAGCACCAGCAUGGGGGUGGAGCCUGAACAGGAAGUGGUCAGAGAGGAGGAGGAGGAGCAGGAAGAAGAGGCAGGUCAGUGGGUGUGGGAGCCCAUGCUGUGUGGGGAGGCCGAAGGAGGGAAGGUACCCCAUUCCCUGGAGGUGCUGUACCACCAGGCUCAGAGCAGCAGUACCUGUGAUGCCCUGAUGGUGGCAGUCCACCUCCUGAUGCUGGAGACUGGCUUCCUGUGUCAGGGCUCUGAGGGGCGUCCUGGUGAGAUGCCAGCUGGGUGGAGGGCACCAGGAGGGCUGUACAGACUGCAGUAUGCCCAUCCCCUCUGUGACGACAGCCUGGCCUUGGUCCUAGCUGUCCCCAUGGGAACCGUUCUGGUUAUCAACGCCACCCUGAAGAUGAACCAGCAGGUGGACACAGUGAGGAAACUGUCGCUGAAACCCUCCACCUAUGUGACUGACCAGUGGACAGGUGACAGUGCAGCGGCCGUCUACACAGAGCUGAGGAAGUUGUCCCGGGUCUUCAAAGACCAGCUGGUGUAUCCUCUGAUAGCUUCAGCCAGAGAAGCCAUGGCCCUGCCAGCAGUGUUUGGCCUGCCAGUCCUUCCUCCAGAGCUGUUACUGAGGGUGCUGAGACUGCUGGAUGUCUCCUCUCUCCUGGCCCUCUCCUCGGUCAACAGACACCUCCACCAGACCACCACAGACCCAGCCCUCUGGAGACACCUCUACCGCAGAGACUUCCGAGAUGGCCAAGACCACAGCAGAGCCAGAGACACUCAGUGGAGAGAGCUCUACAAGAAGAAGUACAAGUGGAGGAGAGAAGCAGCCAGUUACCGCCGCCACAUGCCCCGUUACCACCCUGUCCCCCCACCGCUCUACCCCCUCCACCCCCUCCCCAACAACCCCUUCCCCUUCUACCCGCCUGGCAUCAUCGGUGGGGAGUACGACCAGAGACCUGGCAUCCCCGGUGGUAUUCUGCCCCGCCCCCGCUACGACCCUAUUGGUCCGCUCCCAGGUCACGAUCCCACAGCAGGAGGGCUGAUUGGACGAAGGGGGCUGAGACCUGCUGGGAACCGGCCGGCUGACAUCAGAAGAGGGUUCAUAUGACCUCCCUGACCAGUGACCUCUAGUGGUGGUGUAGGAGUAUGACCACCACACAGAGAAGCUUAAAUAAAACAGAGAUGUUGAAGACUGACUGAUUAGCCUACCUUAAAUAAGGCACCUGAGUGCUAUAGUCACAGAUAAAUGGCGUUGUUCGGUCUAUAAACACUAACCCUCAUCCAGCCUGCUUAUUUUCCCCUAAACCUCAUCCAGGUGUUUUUUAUAAAACCCUAUCCUUGACCCAGAAUCAGCUUGAAAUAGCUCAUGUUCUCCUGUGUGUGUUUAGUAAGUGAUGAGGUCAGAUCAUACCGAUCUGCUAUCUUCAUUUGAUCUCUCUGUUGUUGCAGAAAAUGUUGCUGCACAGCAGGAAAUGUAAACUUCUAAAAGUUUUCCAGAGAGAAAGCGGUCAAAUUUAAGAUCGUAGAUCUGUAGGGGUGCCUGGGGGAUUGAGGUGGCCGUUUCGAUCUUCCACCAUUCACUAUGAAGACAUUUUGUACUUGUUUCCCUGCAGACUAAAAGCUGUAAAUAAAAUGAGAAAAUGUCAAUCGA